ACCAAACUCCCACCUCAGAGAGGGGUCUGGUGUCCUCUCUCUCUCUCUCUCUCUCUUGCCCUCUGUCUACUUCUUUGCUAAUUUCUUCUGUAUCCUUUAAAUCAGACACGAUGAGCAGGCAGUUCAGUUCUAGAUCUGGUAGUGGAGUCAGGAUGUCCAGCAGCUAUGCCUCUUCCAGAAUUCCUGGUGGGACGAAAGGAAGCUUUACUUCUCUUUCUUUGUCCCGUGGUGGGAGAGGAAGUAUAGGGGUAGGAGGGGGUGGAUUUGGGAGUCGAAGCCUCUACAGCCUAGGAGGUACCAAGAGCAUCUCCAUUGGAGCUGGCGGUGGCGGUGGGGGAGGCUUCUACGGUGGUAGUGUUGGCUUUGGUGGAAGUGGUUUCGGUGGUGGGGUGGGAUAUGGCGGUGGGGGAAUUGGAGCCGGAGGAUUUGGAGCUGGAGGAUACGGAGGAGGAGGAGGCUAUGGGGCUGGAGGAUACGGUGGUGGCAUAGGAAUGGGGAGCUUUGUUGGUGGUGGAAGAAUAUGCCCCGUGGUUCCCCCUGGGGGCAUCCAGCAAGUCACUGUCAACCCCAACCUCCUGUCGCCACUCAAUCUUGAGAUUGACCCAGAGCUCCAAAAAGUGCGCGUGCAAGAAAGGGAGCAAAUCAAGACCCUCAACAACAAGUUUGCGUCAUUCAUCGACAAGGUACGGUUUCUGGAGCAGCAGAACAAGGUUCUGGAGACCAAGUGGAAUCUCCUGCAGCAACAUGGCAGCGCGGCCACCAAAAUCAACAUUGAGCCCCUGUUUGAGGCUUACCUGAACAACCUCAGGAGGCAGCUGGACACCUUGAACAACGAUCGGGGAAGGCUGGAUGGAGAGCUGAGAAAUAUACAGGACCUUGUGGAGGAUUAUAGAAAGAAAUACGAGGAUGAAAUCAACAGGCGUACAGCAGCUGAAAAUGAUUUUGUUGGCAUCAAGAAGGACGUAGAUGGUUCCUUCAUGAACAAAGUAGAGCUGCAAGCAAAGUCAGAUAGCCUGACAGAUGAGUUAAACUUCCUGAGAGCUCUCUUUGAGGCGGAACUGGCUCACAUCCAAGGGCAGAUCAGCGACACCAGCGUCGUCCUCCAAAUGGACAACAACAGAGACCUGAACCUCAACAGCAUCAUCGCUGAAGUGAAAGCUCAGUAUGAAGACAUUGCGAACCGGAGUCGGGCCGAGGCCGAAGCUUGGUACCAAGGCAAGUUUCAGGAACUUCAGUACACGGCCAGUUCUCAUGGUGAUGACUUGAAGAAUACCAGGAAUGAGAUUGCAGAGCUGAAUCGGAUAAUCCAGAGGCUGAAAGCAGAAAUUGAACAAACGAAGAAGCAGAUCACCAAUCUCCAAACAGCUAUUGCAGAUGCUGAGCAGCGAGGGGAGGUGGCCCUGAAAGAUGCCAGGGUGAAACUGGCUGAUCUGCAGAAUGCCCUUCAAUGUGCCAAAGAUGAGCUGGCCCGUCUCCUGCGAGACUAUCAAGAGUUGCUGAAUCUCAAAUUGGCCCUGGAUGUUGAAAUUGCUACCUACAGGACUCUGCUUGAAGGCGAAGAAUGCAGGAUGUCUGGGGAACUCACUGCUCCUGUGAGCAUAUCCGUGGUCAGCAGCUCUUCCACUGUAGGCGGAAGCGGCUACGGCCUUGGUGGCGGCGGCGGCGGCGGAGGACGAAUGAGCAUGGGCAGCGGAGGCCUUGGCCUGGGUAGUGGCGGAGGUGGCGGAGGCGGUUAUGGUCUUGGAAUGGGAGGUGGAGGUGGAGGUGGUCUUGGUGUCAGCAGUGGGAUGGCUGUUGGUGGUGGAAGCAGUUACAGUUCUGGAAGUUCGCGAAGCUAUGGAGGAGGAUUGAGCGCUGGAGGGGGAGGCAGCUCCAGUGCGAAAUAUGUCUCCACAACCUCAUCAUCGAGCAGGAAAGUAGUUAGAUAAAAAGUGUUUAAAAAAGGAACCAAGUCCGGCCUUUUCUAGGAAAGCUCCUGUUUUGUUCUACUUGCCAGCAGCAACAGCCAGCCUUCAAAGCCAGUCGCCCUUCCAACCCUCACGAGAAAUGGUCCGACCCCAAAACGGUCCCCUCCCUGAUCACAAGACCAGCUGAGCAAACACCUAGGCCACCCCUGCCAUUUUGCAAACAUGGAGGACAACCCAUCCAACUCAAAGUACAUUAUACUUCUGUUAAAUUCAGUGAGACAGAGGUCAGCACAUGCUCAUCCCUCUCGUAUUGCAUAUAAUGACACUUAAAAAUGCUUCAUUUAGGCUGGAUUGAGCCCUUCUGCCAUAAAUUCCACGGACCUCGGGAGGGUUCAACCUCAUCACUGCAGACUUUAAGGUCUAACCUUCUCCAGCUGAAAUUGCAUUACUCCAACUGCACUUUUGUGGAUGGCUGAUCUUGUGGAACAUUUCUAUGUGUCAUGUGCAAUGCACCCCUCGCCACCCCACCUCUCCACUGACCAAGAUGACACUGAUAAUUAAAGCACCGUUUUAUCAUGGAGAGAAUUUUGUUAUAAAUGGCAUCGGGUAUCCCAAACAAGGAUGGUUGAGAAUCUGAUUUAAUUUCUUUGGUUGAGCAUAAACCACUUCUGAUAUCGUGAGGUGUAAGUACAGUCAAAGCAUCACCAAGGGCUUCAGCUUAGAAUUAAGUGCUCCAAACAUUUUAAUGGUUCUCUUUUGAUCUUUUUGGUGUCCGGAAGUGCAAUAGAGUUGGACUCAAGAAAUAUCGCAACAUUCGCUCUAACAGAGAGAUCUGUAGGUAAGCUUAACUUUUGCAGGUCUCAAGUGGAGUAUAUGUUUCUCUUCUUGGUUGACCCUUUCUGCAAAACGGUACUAGCUGGAUGAAGCACAAAGAAGCCAUGACUUGGUACCCACAUAUAUUUUGCCUGUUUUAUAAAUGCCCACCAUUGUGUCUUGUAAAUAAAAUCGCACUGGCUUUGCCUUUGCUUUAUGUUCACAAUUCUGCAUAUCUUCAUGCUCUUUUUUUGCUAAUAAACUGCAUUGUGAUA